AUUGAUUAUCGUUUUUUGAUUACAGAAGCUGAACAUGGCUAUGCUUCAACGAUGCCAAUACCCGACGAUAUGCGGACGAUUACAAAGAGGCCAAAGACGAAGAAGUCCCAAGGCAGCAGAACGACUCAUAACGAGUUGGAGAAAAAUAGGAGAGCUCACCUUAGGACUUGUCUCGAGAAGCUGAAGCUGCUAGUGCCACUUGGGCCUGAAACCUCGAGGCACACCACGUUGGGCCUUUUGACCAAGGCCAAGCGGUUUAUCAAGAACCUGGAGGACCGCGAGCGUAAGCAUACCAUACACAAGGAGCAGCUGUCGCGUGAGCACAGGUUCUUGAGACGGCGACUCGAACAGCUGACGAACCAGACCGGCCUCCAUGGCCUUCAUGCGCUUCAUGGCCUCCACGGGCUCAGUACGAGCGCGCCGACCGGCUCCGUCGCCGCCGCCGCCUCCGCAGCGAUGCUGUCCAAGCGGCGUAGUAUCUCUGAGUGCUCUCUGGGCACGGCAUCCACCAGCUCGACCGGAAGCUCCAGUAACUCGGACAGGUCUGCAGGUAGCCCAUCUAUCUCGGAGUCCGAUGAAGUGGACGUGAUUGGUUACACGAGCAAUCAAUCGGACACCGAUGAUCAUAGUAGCGUACAGAGUAGUAGCGACAGCGGUGUCGCGAUGUCCACAUCCAGACUGACUCUUUCCGAGAUGAUGGACAAUCUUUAGACAAAGAGGCGGUGCGAUGCGAUGGCGGCGAAAGAAGAAACGAUUGAAGAAGGAAAAAGGAUAGGGAAUAGGAGAUAGAGCGAAAGGAAGAAGAUCCAUCUGGGCGUACGAAAAUUGACGGCGUGUGAAAUAUCGACUCAUACACACAUUACAUAUAUACACAUAAAAUGCACAUUUAAAUUCGUACUCAAUGCAACUUUGUCCUUCCAAAAUGGCCUGACUGGCAAAGCAACGUUAAAGAAGAAGAAGAAGAAGUCUUUUAGAUAUAUAUCACUCGACUUUGCGAAGAUUUUCAAACAACGGAAUAGAUUUAAAAAAUCAGAUAUGAAAAGGAUACGAAGUACUUGGAUUACCAAGGCUCAAAAAACAUCAAUCGUGACGCAAGAAGAAGAAAAUGGAAGAAACGAAGUUAUCUUUGAUACCAUCUAGCCUAUUACAAAGAAGAGAAGAAGUCUUCAAUACUUUCGUUAAAUAUUGCGGAGAAGAGAUAAAUGACCUGAAGAAAGAAGAGACUAACGAAGAACUAAAGACAGAAGAAACGGUCCACUCUAAGUUUAUUAUAUAAAAACGAAGAACAGCUUGGGAAUGGGCUAAAACAAGAGGAUGUAUAAAAUAUAAAUAUUAUCAGCUAAGAAGAACAACAUUUGGAAAUAUUGAUCGGAGAAAUCAAUAAGAAAAUAAACCAGUCGCUUUCAAAAAGCUGUAAAUGCAAAUAGGAAGAUUUUACAUUUUCCGAAAUUGCAGUAAAGUCUGGUGUAUUAUGCAUUCAAAAGAAAAUAAAAGAAAAACAAUCAGAAGGAAGAAAGAUGAGAGGAACGAAAUAAAAGAAAAAAGUCAAUCUAGACAAGAAGGCAAAUAAUUUGGGAUAAGGGUAGAGAGUUAAGAAGAAUUGAUAAGGUAAGAAGAGAAAAAAUUUGACGAACAAAAAACCAGCCACUUUUCAGAAAGUUGAUGUCGAUGAAAAAGGAAUGGAAGCAUGGAAAAUAAGAAAAAAAGUGAACAGAAAGGAAAUGGAAAGAAAAAGAAGGUAACAUGAACAACUAGAAGAGUGUGAAAAAGAAGAUUAUUGUAAAUUAUCGAGAAUUGACGAAAUCAUAGCAGCAUUGUAUAUAUUUUUAAGAACGUACAGAUUUAUUAAGACAGUGUGGACGUGCAAGAGGAAAGAGCAAAAGGGGGGAGAGAGAGAGAGAGAGAGAGAGAGAAAGAAAGAGAGAAG